AUGUUUUUUUUGAUUGGAUUGGGGCUAGGUGAUGCUAAAGAUAUAACAGUGAAAGGUCUAGAAAUAAUUAAAAAAUGUGAUAAAGUCUUAUUAGAAGGCUAUACUUCCAUAUUGACCGUGGGAAAAGAAGUUUUGGAAGAUUUUUAUGGACGUUCUUUGAUUGUAGCGGAUCGAGAAAUUUGUGAAAGUAACAUAGAUGAUAUAUUAAGAGAAGCAAAAGAAAAAGACAUAGCUCUUUUAGUUGUAGGUGAUCCUUUGGGUGCUACAACGCAUACUGACAUGCUACUGAGAGCUAAAGAGUUUGGAGUACAAACACAGAUAGUUCACAAUGCAUCUAUUAUGAAUGCAGUAAGUUGCUGUGGAUUACAACUUUACAACUUUGGUGAAACUGUUUCAAUACCUUACUGGACUGAUAGUUGGAAACCAGACAGUUUUUUUGAGAAAAUUAUUGGAAAUUAUUCAAGAAACCUGCACACUUUAUGUCUCUUAGACAUUAAAGUCAAAGAACCUACAGAAGAAUCACUGACAAAAAAAAUCCGUCAGUACAUGGAUCCUAAAUUCAUGUCUGUAAAAGAAGCAGCAAACCAACUGAUCCAAAUAAUUGAAAACAAUCCAGAAUCAGUUAUCAGUAAGAAGAGUUUAGCAGUUGGAUUAUCGAGAGUGGGCGCUUCUGAUCAAAAAAUUGUAGCAAUGUCUUUAAACGAGAUGCAACACUUAGAACUCGGACCACCGUUACAUAGCCUUGUACUGCCCGCGCCAAACUUGCACCCACUCGAAGUAGAUUACCUCGCCCAAUUUAGAAAC